AUGUUAUUCUCAUUACGUACGGUUGCAAUCACUAUUGCACUAUCCAUUGCAGUCCUUGCUCAGUCCAGUGAAGCUCUCAAAUUCGGUAUUCCGUGGGGUGCAGACAGUAGAUGGGCACCAAGGGUUGCAAAAGGAAGAAUACAAUGGUACCAUCAUUGGCAAGAUGGCCCAGUUGCUCAAAUGCCCAAGAAUAUUCCAUUUGUUCCGAUGUUCUGGGGUCCUAGAUAUUAUGGGUUGUGGAAUCAACAAAAAAAGUGGAUUCGUAAACAUAAGCCAAAGUUCAUUCUUUCAUUGAACGAACCUGAUAUAGAAGGCCAAGCAAACGUUUCGCCAAAAGAAGCAGCAAGGUUGCACAUGAAGGAAUUGGAACCUUUCCGUCGCAAAGGUCAUAAAGUCAGCAGUCCUCAAAUCGUUUGGAACACGAAAUGGAUGGAUUCAUUCUUGAAACAUAUCCGUCAACAAGGCGGUGAUAUCGAUUUUAUCGCAGCACAUUAUUACGGUUCUUGGAAGGAUGUUGGCCGAUACCAAAAAUGGAUCAAAACGCUACGUAAGAAGUACAAGAAGAGCAUUUGGAUCACCGAAUACGGAGUUACAUCAAAAUCAGGUGGCUCCCAACACGAAAUCAAGGCAUUCCAACGCAAAGUGAACGCUUGGAUGCGCACAAAGAAGUACGUUAAACGUGUCGCUUGGUUAGGUUGCUUCGCUGUUUCAAAGCCUCCAGAUGCAUUUGCUUCUCGUCAAAACGCUCUCUUCACCGGUGCCGGUAAACUGCGCUCGAUUGGUUAUCAAUAUGUUUAC